AUCGCAGCACCAUUUUCUCGAGCCAGUAGACUCCAACAAAAGCAACAGCAACAACAGCAACAACAACCCGCUCUCCUUUCUUCCCACCUUUGACAAAAAUGUGUUUCGCUGUCAAGUGCGACAAAUGCUCGAAGACGACCUGGAAAGGUUGCGGCAUGCACGUCUCUCAAGUCAUGAAGGACGUCCCCGAGAGCCAGCGCUGCGAGUGCCCCCGUGAAGGUGCUGCUUCUGCUUCUGCGCCCAAGCCUGCCGAGGAAGCCGCGAAAUAAGAACGCAUGUCCCCAUCGCGAGCACACGGAUCCAAGAGGGAGGAACGUCCUUUUUUUUUUAUUAUUAUUAUUAUUAUGAUUACAUAAUUCUGUUCAGAACAGAAAGCAGAGCGCUACAGACAGGAUGCAAAAGAUAAUUCCAAUAGUAAUAUUAAUAAUAAAAUUAAAAAGAAACAUCUC